CGCGGGGUGUGAAAGAGCUGCCGCUCGCUGGUCCGGCCGCCUCCGCCGUGGGAGCCGCCUUCCGCACAGUCCCCGGGCCGCCCAGAGCCGCCGCGGCCGCCCGGAGCGAGCGCCGGGGAGGGAGCCGCGUGCCUUUGUGUGCGCGCCGAGACAACCCGUUCGAGGACACCAACCUGAAGGACGCCUAUCUCAUUCCGAGAAGCAUCAUGGCUGAGCCAGACUACAUAGAAGAUGACAAUCCUGAACUAAUUAGGCCUCAGAAACUAGUCAAUCCUGUCAAAAUGUCCCGGAACCAUCAAGAUCUUCACAGAGAGCUGCUCAUGAAUCAAAAAAGGGGUCUUGCCCCUCAGAAUAAGCCAGAACUGCAGAAAGUGAUGGAAAAGAGAAAACGAGAUCAAGUGAUAAAGCAGAAGGAGGAAGCAGCGCAGAAGAAGAAAUCUGACUUUGAAAUCGAACUAUUAAAACGGCAGCAGAAGUUGGAGCAGCUGGAACUCGAGAAUCAGAAAUUGCAAGAAGAGCAGGAAAAUGCGCCAGAGUUUGUGAAGGUCAAAGGGAAUCUCAGGAGAACAGGCCAGGAAGUGGCCCAAGCCCAGGAGUCGUAGGCCCGGGCCGCAGAGAUGCGCCCGGCCCGUCGCGCUCGGAAGCGGGCUGCAGGCGUCUGCUCAACACUUCCUCUCAGGGCCGGAGCCCCUGGGGAGAGUCCCAGCCAGCAGAGAAUUGUUACCUUCAGAAGGAUUUGAUUUGGUUUUCCUACAAUCUUGGUGGAUAAACUACCUGUGACAGUUGCAGUUCUGUUCGCCAAACGAAGGACCUUGACCAGCACUUGAGUUGGGCUAACAGACCUGUGUUCACAGACCUGAUCAAAAGAAGCAUCAACGACAGAGGAAGAGGACACUGGAAUAAAUUCUUGAGAGUUGCACUACUUGGUUUUUCUUCCGGUCCAAGUUUAGUGGGGCACAGAGCCUUUUUUCUUUGAAAACCUAAAGAAAAUGUGUUUCCUUGUUCCUUUAGUUAUCUAUUGGAUUGCACAGAAAUGUGUUUGAUUUGUUACACCCAAUGUUUGUAAAUUCCAUUUUGAGAACCCAACAUUUUCUUGGUCAAUUUAUACUUUCACCCACAUUACAGUUAACGCCGGAGAAUGUUCGUGUGGAUGUUGAGCACAGCUACUACCUUUGUUGGCACUAAGACUCAGAAAUGGGGUGAGAAGGUUUAAAAAUACGUAAACAAAAAUACGUCAACAUCCAUCUUGAUCUUAUUUUAAUUUCUUUCGGUUCUGUGAUAUUAGUAGGCUCCACAGUGACAUUCCAGUUCAGAGAAAGCACAUCAUAUAAAUCCAUUUAUUGCUUUGAUAACUAUUAGGGUUUUUGUUUUGUUUUGCUUUUUAAUUUCUUGCUGAGCUGGCCCUUUUAAAUGAAAUAAUCUCCCAGUCAUUUGGAGAAUAAAAACUAGUCCAUAUAACCCAACUUCAGUGUCAAAAGUAAAGGGUCCACAUCUUUUGAUUUCUUUUGAGAGCUGUUUGAGGAAAGCUCCUACUGGGAACUGGGCAAGGAGUUUUUCGGGUAUUUUAAUGUGAAACAAAUGUGGUUUGGUCUAAGGAGGCCUUGUUGGAAGAUUUACAGCUUUUGUACAUUUUGAAUAUUAUUAGAAUCCAAGUUUUGAAAGUUUCUGAUUAAUGAUCCCCCAUUUCUUUGCCUUGUUUUUCUUGUGAAGAAAGACUGGUCCACCACUCUCUUAGUGAUGAUGAUGCUGUUGAUAACAAGGACGUUGAUGACUACUGUUCUGCAUCUCUCAGGAAAAAUUGAGGUGAAGGGAGAGGCUGCUUGGUUUCUGCACUCUAGCUAGCAUGCUCCUCCAAGUGAUGUCCGAGUUAAGAAUAGUAGCAAAAUUCUUACACAAAAUCCAUUUCAUACAGCUGCUCUGGGCAGAGGUACAUUCUACUUGGGGUCAUCUGGAAGAAUUUGUGUGGAUUCAGUAUGUUCUCCAUGGAGAUGGUACAGCCAGUAAUCUCUACAUUGAAGAUCUUCUUAUACUCCUUUAAAGGCUCAUAGAAAGCUAGAUCCCAAGCUUUUGAAUCCUUAAUAAACGUAGUAGAAAUUAGCUUUCUAUGGGAAUGCUUUAGUUUUCAGAGUUGAUGAUUAGGCUCAUACUCAGUCCUCAUGUGAACAAGAUAUGAAUAAAUGCAAUGAGAAUAUACUGCUAGUUAGGGAACAUGUUGAUUACAACUGAAAUGGAUUAUUUCUCUCAUCAGCAAGUAUUAUUUGAAUAAAAUAUGAGAUGUUUAAGGUAAAGUCUUGCUCUAUCAUAGUUUGCUUUCGAAGGAUGGAAUGGUAACUAUUUUUUUCCAUCGUUCUUCCUUUUGAGAGAAAAAAGUACAUUAACUCAUCAUCUUGAAAGUACAUUUCUGAUUGCACAUUGACUAGAGUUCUUUCUUCGUGUAUAUGGACUAACAAUGUGAUUUGUAAAGUGAAGAUUCAGGACCGGCUCCUAGCCUUUCAUCUAACUGGGUGUUAGAUCUUUAUAGAUCCUGUGUUCUGGAAGCAAUUCUGCCACUUGAUAAAAUUCCCAAGGGCCCCAGCAGGCCCCUUUCGAAGGACCAAUCCUGUUCCUAGAACUUACCAAGAAUUCCUUCUUCACUGGGGAAAAAAAAAUCACAAAAGCGUUUCCCUCCCAGUCUCACUCACAAAUCUGCAGAAUUUUGUGUAGUUAGUACACAAGGUCUACUUGUAAAUAGCGCAGGCUGAUGUCUUAGGACGAAAAGUGGACUGUCCAGGGAGGGGAGCUCUCAGAAGUUGUCACAUCGGGUCGGCUCACUAGCUUGAUUACAUAAGCAUCAGUCUCCCGCCUACUGUACAGUCCAAACCCCUAGGACUCAUAAAUAUCCAAGCAGUUUCGUGCUUUGAGCCACUUUUUGACAAAAAUGGCUCCAUUUUUCCACUCUAUGGUUUUCUUAAAAUAGUCGAGUGUUUUAUAGUCUCGUAGUAAGGCACUGUUGCUUUCUAAGCUAUAACAGUUGACUCUAUUCUUCUACUCCGAAAAAUCUUGACUUGUUUGAGUGUAUAUAAUAUAUAUAAAGGGAGCCUUAAUGGGUUUGUUUUCAUAAUUUAAUAUUUUUUUGUAUUUGCUCUUGUAUAAUUGUUUUUAAUGAAAGUCUUACAGAAUCGAGGGUGGAAUUCUUAGAACCAAAGUUAUUCUUAAUAAAAAUCAAUACUUGCUUGGACCA